AUUCCGCUGUUGCGACAGAAAUAUCUACCUUUAUCUAGACCGGUAACUCUAACUUGAAACGGGCUUUCGCGUUCGGCUAGGACAUAGCCAGGAUAAACGGUAAAAUAUAUUGCUCUUUUGCUAACAGAGACAUCAUCCUCGACAAUCUCUGUCUCCUAUUGAAGAUGUUUUCCACGGCAACAAGAAACUUUGUGGAGGAGAUUGAUGACGAUGGCAGCUUGAUCCCUGUGUCCAGUCUGAUUGACUCAGACAAACUGGUCCCUCUCUCACUGGUUGUGAAACGAAAGCGUUUUUGGAUUUGGCAGAAACCCAAGUACCUGCCCACUGAUUUUACCCUCAGUGAUGUGCUGACUGGAGACACACCCUUAACCCCAGUUGUGGUCAAGACUGAUUUCCUAAAGUACCAAGGGACAUUUGGUGACAACAAAUCAGGAAACUUGGAGUCGAAUUUGGUUGCUGUAAACCUUAAAGUGGAGGGGAAAGACACAUCUAAACUCCAGUCGUCCUUCGGCAGCCUGAAGAAAGAGGAGGUGGAUGUACAGAAGUUGCUGCGCGACUCCAAAGACAAGAUUUUGGACAUGUCCCACUGUCUGAUCCAGCAGACCCGUGAGAAGUCCAGGGAGGUGUUUGCGGUGGUGAAGGAGAGGAUUGUGACGACCCAGCCGUGUUCGGUCAUAGAGGAGGUCCAGCAGGGGGGGCAGUUAGGGGAGCUGCUGAGCUUCUGUGGGCCCAAGAGCACCCAGGUGUCUGUAAAGGAGAACAGCAGCCUGCACAAAGACAGCACCGUGUCUCUGGAGAUUCCUGCCCACACCGUCAUCGCUUACGGCAUUAUAGAGCUGGAGAUCAAACUCAACGGGCACUAUGAGCUGUGCCUAAUGUCCGACACUCUUGGGGGGUUCGAGGUGGAUGGGCCUGUUAAGAGCUUAGUGGGGGUGUCUGGCGCUCGCGACGACACCCCAAAGAAGAGCUGCUUUCAGAGAGAACUGGAGAAACUGAGUGGUCAUUUCCAGCUGCUGUCAGUCCUGCCAGCAGACACACGUUCCUCUCUGCUCCAGCUCCUCAAGACAACCAUGGAGGACAGAGAGGCAGUCAGUGUGCUGGAGAGUGUGCUGGACCAGAUGUGCCCAGGUAAGACAGCUGACCUGGGGGAGGUUAAGGAAGUGUCUCAGAUGCAGACAGUCCAGGCCAUACUGAACCUUCUAGAGCAUUCGGACUCCAGCCCAACACACUCCCUCCUCAGUGAUUCCAGCCAGACACCCUCCCUCCUCAGUGAUUCCAGCCAGACACGCUCCCUCCUCAAUGCCACUCAUCUCAUUGUCAGUGCCAUGGAUGGAAUGACAGAUGAGGGUCUCUCUGUGUUGGGAUCCUGUUGCAGUCCUCCAGUCUUACAGGCCCUGCAGAUCCUGGUGCAGCAUGUGGCAGCAGGGAGUGGGGAGACCCUCUCUCUGAGAGAUGCAGGUCUGGCUGUUCUGACUGAGGAGGAGCUGUAUCAGAGGACAGAGAGUCUCUUUGGUCACUCUAAAGUUACACUGAAGAGAGAAGAGGACACACUGAGGACAGAGAUGAAGGACCAGCCUGGAUACCUUCCUCUAGUCAUGAGUAUCACUGUGAAAGGCCUGGCCUCUUUAGUGUAAGGAGAGACUAGGGAGGAGCGGUUUCCUUCCUCUCCGGCAACUGAGUUAGGAAGGGUGCCUGUAUCUUUGUAGUGACUGGGUGUAUUGAUACACCAUCCAAAGUGUAAUUAAUAACUUCACCAGGCUCAAAGGGACAUUCAAUGUCUGCUUCUUUUUUUUAACCCAUCUACCAAUAGGUGGCCUUCUUUGCGAACCAUUGGUAAAGCUGUGCUUGAAAUUCACUGCUCGACUGAGGGACCUUACAGUUAACUGUAUGUGGGGUCGUCAUUCAAAAAUCAUAUUAAACACUAUUAUUGCACACAG